GGGCGCGCGGCGGCGGUUGCUGUGCGGGGUGCGGCGGUUGCCGCGGUCUGGGCGGGGCAGCAUGGAGGAGCUGAGCAGCGUGGGCGAGCAGGUCUUCGCCGCCGAGUGCAUCCUGAGCAAGCGGCUCCGCAAGGGCAAGCUGGAGUACCUGGUCAAGUGGCGUGGCUGGUCCUCCAAACACAACAGCUGGGAGCCAGAGGAAAAUAUCCUGGACCCGAGGCUGCUCUUGGCUUUCCAGAAGAAGGAACACGAGAAGGAGGUGCAGAACCGGAAGAGAGGCAAGCGGCCCAGGGGCAGGCCGAGGAAGCACACAGUGAUGUCCCCCUGCAGCCGGCACUCCAAGCUCAAGGAACCCGACGCCCCCUCUAAAUCCAAAUCCAGCAGUUCCUCCUCUUCCUCCACGUCCUCCUCUUCUUCCUCAGAUGAAGAGGAUGACAGCGACUUAGACGCCAAGAGGGGCCCCCGGGGCCGUGAGACUCACCCAGUGCCUCAGAAGAAGGCCCAGAUCCUGGUAGCCAAGCCCGAACUGAAGGAUCCCAUCCGGAAGAAGCGGGGUCGCAAGCCCCUGCCCCCAGAACAGAAGGCGGCUCGGAGGCCCGUCAGCCUGGCCAAGGUGCUGAAGACGGCCCGGAAGGACCUAGGGGCACCGGCCGGCAAGCUGCCCCCCCCGCUCAGUGCCCCCGUGGCCGGCCUGGCAGCCCUGAAGGCCCAUGCCAAGGAGGCUUGCAGUGGCCCCAGCACCAUGGCCACCCCGGAGAACUUGGCCAGCCUGAUGAAGGGCAUGGCCGGCAGCCCCAGCCGGGGUGGUAUCAGCUGGCAGAGCUCCAUCGUGCACUACAUGAACCGGAUGAGCCAGAGCCAGGCCCAGGCCGCGGGCAGACUGGCUCUCAGGGCCCCAACUGCCAGCAAGUGCAGCCUAGGGCUGGACCUGAAGGUGAGGACGCAGAAGGGGGAGCUGGGGAUAAGCCCCCCGGGAAGCAAAGUCCCAAAGGCCCCCAGUGGUGCUCUGGAGCAGAAAGUGGGGGGCACAGGAGGGCCUCCACACGUCCACAGUGGCAACAAGGUCCCUGCCGGGUGCCUGGGCCCCCAGCCUGCACCCACCCAGGAGCUGAGCCUCCAGGUCUUGGACUUACAGAGUGUCAAGAACGGCACACCAGGGCUGGGCAUGGUCGCCCGCCAUGCCACAACCACCAAGGGUAACCCUGCCACCCACCCAGCCACUGGGAAGGGUGCCGGGGGUGGCCUCACUGCGGUGAGUGGGGCUGGCCUGCCCACCGACGGCAGCAAGAGUGAGAAGCUGGCCUCCAGGGCAGCAGCCCUGCCCACCCCUGCCGGCAAGAGGGACUUUGUCAAGGGCAGCCUGGCCCCAGGGCAGGAGGGCCACCCGACUCCGGGAGAGGCGCGGAAGACGGCUACACUGUCUGAGAUGAGCACCGGCGAAGAGAACAGCAGCUCCGACUCGGACCCUGACUCGGCCUCCCUGCCCAGUGCCGGACAGAACCUGUCAGUGUCCGUCCAAACCAGCCAGGACUGGAAGCCCACCCGCAGCCUCAUAGAGCACGUCUUCGUCACCGACGUCACCGCCAACCUCAUCACAGUCACGGUGAAGGAGUCUCCCACCAGCGUGGGCUUCUUCAACCUGAGACAUUACUGACACCCCCUGGCUGCCCGGGUCUCACCUGCCCCUCUCUGGCCUCUGGCUUUGCUUUGAUACAUGGCCCGCAUCCCAAACCCUCUCCAGGGGCCGGUGGCCUCCUUCAAGGGCAGGCUUGGAUGGGAACUCCCCUGGACCCAGCCCUGCCUGCGACUUUGGCAGGGGAGGCUCCGUGAUGCCUUGCCACCCGGCCUCGCCCUUGUUCCUACCUCUGGGCCUUCGCUUUGCUCUCCAUUUGCCUCAGGAAGUCUAGGUGGCCGCCUGUGGCUCAGCGAAAUAUUUCUCAAGAGCAUCCUGUGUUUCUUGAGCCCAACCAUGUUCGCUGUUUGAACUGCCUCCGUGGCCUGUGAUGACAACGGUGGUCACCUUGCCUCCCACUUCCCCAGGGCACAGGUGUUAGAGGGGGGGGCUUCUCCUGGCCCAGCUUGGCUGUUCCUGCCCAGCGGCUGGAAUAGAAGGUGUACUUAGGGCUGGGGGGAGGUAAGGUCUGGGGAGCUGCUCCAGGGAAGACUCUGCUCAGUGUGUGGAAGGGUGGGGGGAGCAGGAAAGGGGCCUUUCUGGUCGGAACUCCCCCCUCAGCAAUGCCUGAGCUGGCGAGGGUGAGGGGACUGCCCACCUCCCUGUCCCUGCCCCCACCCGGGACAGAUGAGGGCUGUGGCCUUAAUGUAAGAGGACAGGUGUGGCAGUUGGAUCAGGAACCCUGAAGAGGUUGGUGUUGGUGCCAUCUAACCCUGAUUCACAUUAACAACAGCAGCCCCCAAAUGUCGACUCAGAGGCCAGCAUGGGCAGGGAAGGGGCUGGUCCCAGAGCUGUUCCACCUGAACCUCCGAGUCUGGGGGACAGAAGGAGAAGGGUGUCCUGCUGCUGCCCUCCUUUCUGCCAGCCUCAAGGACUGCCUUAGUCCUAAUCAUGGCCCCACAAACUGCCCCAGAUCCACUGGGAGGUGGGUAGUUGCUGGAAGUAGGUCUCCCCUCCCGACAUCCGCUGGCUUCCAGCUGCCGUGCAGGUGCUUCCCACAGUUCCCACCUACCUUCCCCUGACAAUCCCUCCCCACUUCUGGGGGUUCCAUGUUCUCUUACCCAGCUGAGAAGCUGUAUCCCUGUACCAUUUGGGAAAUGGGACAAAAUCUGAGUGACCCAUCUGGCCUUUGGAAAGGCCGGAGCUGCCAGCCCGACUGCCUCCCCCCAGAUGGCUGAGUCCGGCAGCUGUCUUGGCAAUUCCAACCAGCAACAGAAUUGCCAUUACUGAUUUGGGGCAGAGAGGUACAUCAGUGAGUGGGGUCACUGGUCUUUGAUGCCAAAAAGAAAAGUGGGAGUGCAGGGAACUUUAUUUCUGCUUCAAUUAUCGGUUAAUAUCCGCCAGCAGGUGUGGGAUCUUCUGUUGUCCCCAUAGCCCUGAGUGCAGUGGACACGGUGGGCUCUGGUUUCUGAGGGUGGGCCUGCCAGAACUCCAGUCCCCUCAGUCCCUCACCCUCCACGCCAAAUAGGAAGAGAUGGCUUUUGUGUGGCCAAAUCGAUUUCAACAGUGUGCCUUUGGGGACAGAUCCACAUCCAGGACGUCAUUGAGGGGCAUCCAAAUGCAGCUUCCGACUCUUGUAUGUGAUAGCCAUGCUGGCUGCAGCAGGAAUGGUGCCCACCCUGGCAAACCUGAGGACUGGGGGUCCUGGACAGCCAGGCUGAAACUGGAAAGUGGGCAGUAAAGGGGGAGAAUGCCCCCUCCACUGCCCCAGCAGGGGAUGGCGAGAUGCCAGUGCACUGCACAAUCUGGAAGGAAGGGGUGCCAGCACCCUGGGCCCCUGGCACCAACCUCCCCUCCUUGUCCCCAGAUGUCCCUGGGUGAGACUAAAGGGGCUCUCCUGGGCUGCCUCCCCCCUCAAAGGAGCUCAUAACCUCCAAGUUUUGCUGCCUUAGAGGCUGCAGAGCCAGGCCAGUAGCAGCUCUCCCCUGCAAGCCCUCAGGGUGACCUUGCUCUGGGCUGAUCUGACAGCCCCAGCAGCCAGGUCUCCAAACCCUGAUUAGGUGCCUUUCUGUUUACCAGCUACUUCAAUCCCAAAGUUUGAAUCUGCAAACACCUUACUCCCAGCCACUUUGCCUUCUUGCUGUGUUGUGUGUCUUUCUUGGUGUUUGCAACUCCAAGAGGUUCAUGUUUGUGUGUGUACACACAUGUGCAGGCGUGACAGCCUUCGCUGAAGAGUUGGACAGAUGUUCAGAGUUGGUUGUCAUGUUUACCAAUAAAGUAGUACUUCUUUUGCUGCUCUGUGUGUGUGUGUGUGGCUAGGCAUUGGUCACACAUCUGACUUGUUUAUCCUGCAGGGUUUCUUAUGCGAACUGCAUCACAGUGUAUAUUGAGUGGGUGUUUUAAUCCUGUUUUUCUGUUUGCUUUUGUAACGGAUAGGAAGAAGUGGCCAGUCUAUCUUCUUCUUUAGAGGAUUUGGCAUAUUUUUAUAUAUAUUUUUUGGUACCAAAAAGAGUGUUCCUUGUUUUUGGUUACACUCAAGAUUCUGACCUGACUUAAGAGAGCUCUGGGCCUAGAGGUUUUGUUAGGGGAAAAGUAGCGGGGGAGGACCAGAGCUUUGGACCAUUGCCAAUCACUGGCUUGAUUUGUGUUUUUUAAUUUAAAAAAAAAAGCCAAAUUAUUCAUGUAUGCCACUUCUAAUUACUUUAAAGUAUGGCUGUUUGUUUGCUUUUUUAAAAGAGAACAAAAGUGAAUAUGUUAUUGCCCUGGGAAACUUAAGAUCUUUGUUGAAACAGCACAGCAGCCCAGCCCCCAUAUUCAAUCAGGACCAACCAGUUAAAGGAAAUGCUUCCCCCAGGAAACCCACAAUGGUUUGGGGGAAAGGGGUGGGAGGAGGGGAGAGGUAGUGCCUAGAGGACCAGAUUUUUGCCCAAGUGCAUCUAAAGAUUCUGUGGAUUUUCUAGUAUUUUUGGAGAACUAACACUAGGAAUCGUUUGCAGAUCUUUUUAGACUGAUGUUAAUUUAUUUUGCAGGGGAGAGUCAUUAGCAAAGGUGUCAGAGGAUUUUUGUCUUAACUUUUUGUUAACUCUUAGUAUAUCAAUAAAUUCUUAACUUUUCA